AUGAUUUGGAUACGACUAUUAGUCUUAUUUUUGAUUGUUAUUUUGGACCAAGGAAUUGCACAGAAUACAAAUGCAGUUAUAAUGUCGAUUAUGAAUGGAUGGCAAUUUCAAUGUGCUACAACAACUUGUCUACCCUAUGCUACUAUUACUGCAUCCUCUAUGCUUCUAUGUGAAAGUAGCUGUUUACGACAAAUUCAAUGCAAAGCUAUUAGUUUCCGACAAUCAACUGCUAUCUGUCAAUUGUUUAAUGGCAACAUAAAUCAAAACAGCAGUUUGCAAGCUAUUGUGGGCACUGUUACUAUGACAGUCAUCUCUGACAUACGAACGCCGUCGGUGCAUACCUCAACAUCGUCGACAUCAUCGUCAACCUCGACAUCGACAUCAACUUCAACAGCAACACCAGGAUGGACAGUAACUGGAAAUAUGAAUGUUGCACGAAAAUCUCAUACAGCAUCGAUGUUAUCAAAUGGAAAAAUAUUAGUUACCGGUGGAUAUGGUAGUAGUAAUCUCAACAGCGUUGAAUUAUAUGAUCCAUCAACGAGUAAUUGGACAACAACUACAAAUAUGAGUGUUGCACGAUCUUCUCAUACAGCAUCGAUGUUAUCAAAUGGAAAAAUAUUAGUUACUGGUGGAAGUGGUAGUAGUGGCGAGCUCAAGAGNACACAUGAUCCUCUUAUAUAUCAAAAAUAUUUUAUUCAUUGCUCGGCAAAGAUUCCUACUAUUUCGUGUUUGUUUUGA